AUGGACUGGCAAGGACUUAAAUUGGAGGAGCCGCUGAUGGAGCUACUGGUUGUGACACCGUCGGUGAUGGCAUUGGUCAUGUUCUGCUUGACAGGGUUGUUACUGAUGAUGAUAUUGGGUUUCGCCAGCACAGUGGUUGUCAUAAGCAUCGGGCUAAGUCCUUACUGGCCUUGCUUCAAUCGCCACCAUCUCGCUCUCGCUGAGAAGCAUCCUCCUCUGGUUGUUGCUUGCUAA